AUGUCUUCGCCUCAAACUGUCAGCUUUCUCUCCCACAACUACAAGAUUGCGGGUCACUUCUACCCCCCAGUUGCUGGCUCCCCCAACCGCUCUGGUGCAGCUAUUGUUAUUGCCCACCCCUGGACUUCAAUCAAGGAGCAAUCCCCCGCCAACUAUGCUCGCGUGCUCACCCAAGCUGGCUUCACCUGCUUGACCUACGAUGCCGCCUACCAAGGAGAGUCCGAGGGCGAACCCCGCAACUUGGAGGACCCUUAUCAGCGCGUUGAAGAUAUCAAGUGUGCCGUGACAUAUCUCGUCGGCCGCAAGGAGGUCGACUCCGAAAAAAUCGGUGUGCUCGGCAUCUGCGCAUCAGGCGGCUACGCCCCCUUUGCAGCCCAGACCGAUCUGCGCAUUAAGGCCUGCGCAACCGCAGCCGCCGUGUGCGCCGGUACUAUGGCCCGCCGAGGAUUCGAGAAGGACUCUUCCAACCUGGACAUUCUCAAGGCCCAGCUUGAAGCUGCCGGCAAGGAUCGCAACAGCGAUGUUGGCGGUGAGAAGGUCCCCAUCGUGCACAUGCUCCCCGAGAAGCCGGAGGAUGCACCGGCUGAAUUCCCUGAUUCUUUCCGCGACUUGAUGAAUUAUUACCGCACUCCCCGGGCUUUCCACCCGCGCGCAACCAACACCUGCUUGCCGCGCAGCUGGGAUAUCAUGGGCAACUUUGAUGCCUUUGCGCACAUUGACAUGAUCAGCCCCCGUCCUCUUUUGAUGAUCACCGGUACUAAGGCUGCGACCAAGUGGUACAGCGAGGAUGCUGUGGCAAAGGCCAAGGAGCCGAAGGAGUUGUACGUUGUGGAUGGCUUGACCCACGCAGAUCUUUAUGACAAGGUCGACGAGGCCGGUGCCAAGUGUGUUGAGUUCUUUGCAAAGAGCCUGUGA